GGCAGUCGUCCUCUCAUGACCACACCACAUCAGGUAAUAACAGGUGCACUAAAUAGGGGGGAGAACGUUUAUGCGACUGGAAAUGUUGAAGGAGCGACUUUCAUAAUUAUCCCCGGAUGUUCUCAUCAUACAGAACAAUUGGUAACCAGCGUAAGCUGCUGCCAAGAUUCGGGAAAGAUUGCGGCCACAUACGGCAACAUUAUUCGAGUUUUUGAACCUACGAAUGUUGCUCCUGAGAAGGGCAAACCUUAUUUCAAUUAUCAAUGGGUCGAAACGCAGUGCUUUACUGUGAAAGAACAAGUGAACGCUGUUCUUUGGAACAUGGAUGCUCGUAUUGUCGAAAUUCAGGAGCAGUCACAAGACGCUUGUAAUUGGGACAUCGUUUGGUCAGUGCAGCUUGCUCAACGCCCGAAGUACAUAAAAUUUUCUACUGACGGCGCAUUUCUGGCUGUAUCUGGAGAAAAUGAUUAUCUAGUGAAAAUAUUCUAUCAGGAGUCCGCAGAUCAUGACAAUCGAGAACAGCUCAGCUUUGGCUUUGUCACCUUACAUCAUCCAGCUCCUGUCCGCGGUUUGGAAUGGCGGCGAGCGGGGAGGUAUAUGCCAAGGAAAUGCAUACAAGCUGUGUUAAUGACUUGGUGUGAAGAUAAUACAUCUCGCAUUUGGAAGGAAACGCCACCUCCUGAAUUAGCUAUGAUUGAUUUAAGUGGUGACGGAGGUGAGCCAUCUUGGGAGAGGAACAGACCGCGAAAAUUCUUUGGCAAACACUUCCGUGUGAAGAAGACGAGGAACAAAAUUAUUAACAAGCUGAAGGGGAUUGUGCCCGAGAAGAAACGAAGAGGAGAGGAGCCACCGCAUGCUUUAGGCUUGAGAGCGCAGAUUGGGAAGAGUCCUUCCUUCAGCGAUCUGCAGUCUGGACAGCAUUCUUAUACAAACAUACAAUUUCAUCUAGCCGCCACCAUCAAUGCAGAGACAGAUUGUAUGCUUGUACCCUCUAUGGAGAAUGGUGGAGUUCUACAAAAACCGCUAUGUGUACAUUGGUUGAACAACAAAGAGCUUGUGUUCAGCAUUGGAGCGGAGAAGUUGCUCGCUGAAGCCUUAAUUUCAGAAAGUGAUUCGAAUCGGAGAUCAGCAAAUGUAAGUCCAUCAGAGAAUACGGAGAGCGAGUACAGCCCUUCAUCGCCUACUUCUCAUUCUGAGAAAGGCGAAUGGGCGGCAAAUGCUUUUGGCAGUGUUUGUUCGGAUACUCCUUCCUCGAAAGAUAUAUUGGACGUGAAGUUGGAGAUCCUGUUGAGGCAAUGGACUAGGUCAAAUGACAUACUGUUUACUGUACAUCCAGUAGAUGGCUCCCUUCUGACAUGGACGGUUGAGUGGCUGGAUGAUUUGCAUCGCCAGCCCACUGUAUCUUUCACCUCAAGAUUUCCUGCUGCUUUUCCUAUCACUGAUGCUUCAUCACUUCAUCCUACUUUGAAUACGUUCAAUCCUCAUGAACCCAUGUAUGUUGACGUAUUACGGAGAGAAGAAGGACGCGAUGGAGACUUAUCUUUGAAUGACCGUUUGCUGGAGAGAAGGAUCUCAAAUACUAUUCAUGUACUUACUAAUCAUGAGAAUGGUUCAUUGAAUUUGUGGCACAUGGUAGUUGAUGAGAAUAGUAAUUUCGCCACAAUUCUAAAUAUCACUCACAUUUCAAGAAUGUGUGGUCAUCGUUUUCAAAUUAGUCAGGUUGUCGCGCAUCCUGUACUUCCUCUUUUGCUCACGACGUCACAGUUCCGAACUAGCCAAGCUAUUGAUAAUGCUGAAAAACGAGCAUUAUCUGAAGUAAUUCUCUGGAAGAUCUCCCCAGUGGGCCCAUUAUGUAAAAGUGGAGGAGUUAUAGAGCUUGCGCGUGUUGCCAGUCCUUUCCGUGCUGGAUUCGAUUGCUUGGGCUGGAUACCCGUUAUCCUUCCCAGUUGUACCCUUGGAACUGUAUGUAAUUCACCCUCUUCUUGCUUCAUUGCCAGUGAUGGUCGAAAUCUUGUCAUUUACCAGGCUGUUGUUGACGCACGCGGCCUUCUCGCUGAAAUAUACAAUUCUACCCGGCAAAGCGAAGCUAUCAAUGAUGAGUUGUCGUCCAUCCCUUCACCUCAGAAAUCUCCUAAUGUUGGCCUCCUCCAGCAGUUCAAUGUUGUUUCUACCCAAUCAACAGCGAAACCUGGUUGUGUAUUGGAAGUUGGGCAGAUUACUGAGGCGGUCUCGGCAAAAACGCAGCUUCUUUUGCUGCAUGUGUUCCCUGAGCGCCUUGUCAUUGAGGAUGCUGAGACUGUGCGCGAAGAAGGCCAGUCUCGCAUGGGAAGUGUAGUCGAUCGAAGUAAAGCCGUAGUUUUCAAUGAUCGGUACUUUGUCGUUAUGGUGGAACGUGGACCUGAAUGCGAGACUUUCGUGAUGUACUCCCUCGUUAUCUCGUCUCAGUAUCCUCAGCUGAUUCCUCAGAUGGAUUCCGAGACUCCUCACGAUGAGAACGGAUGUCAAGCACCAUUUCCGCCUUCUGUCGCUAAGCUAUGUUUCAAAAGUGAAAAAGUUUGCGAACAACAAAUUCCUCUUCCUGGCGGAGUUCACGUUACUUCCGCUGUACCGGCUGCGGGACAUCUUCCUUCAUCAUCUCUUUAUCCUGCCUGCCAAGCUCCAUUCGUUCUGCUCACAAGUAGCGACGAUGAUGUAGUGCGGUUUUGGCGAUGCAUGGAUGCUGAACCUGGUUCUGGUUUCAAGUAUGAGUGGAAGGAGUGGAACAUGAUUAGCGGUAAUCGGCCUAGCGAACUCGAGCUUGAGGGCGAAAUUCUGUCAGUCUCUGCCGCUCACAGUGGGAGAAUUGCCUGUGCAUAUGACCCGAAAACGGGGUAUAUGGAGGAAACGCAUAACGUUGCUGAUGCAAUUAAGGUGGAAAUAGGCGUAUUCGAGUGCGAAUCGUCUGGUGGUGUAGAGUGGAUGAGAGAGGACACCUUUAACUUGAAGAACAUCCGCAUUCCGGAUUUAUCGUUGUUCAUGCAUCCAAAGUUUACACCAGAAAGACCAGACCUGCGGCCAAUCGUACAAAAGUUUUACCUCGAAGUUAUGCUAGGGCCUUCGGAGGACCUGAAGCGUGCUUUUGGGAAGAACACCACAGUGAAAAAUCCUUACGAACAUUCAAACCUCAAAGACAUGGUGCGACUAGACUGGGUGUCCACAGAGGAUGGCUCUCACAUCCUGACCGCAGGAAUCGCUGCAACUAUCUAUAUGUAUACCCAGGUCUCACUCGAUCCGGCGCAACAGAACGUUGCCCUAAUGAGAGAUAGCGAAACCAUCGACUGGUACGAUCAGUUAAUCGGUGGUGUUCGUACAUUGACUCUUUCUUUGAAGACUCGCUGGGUGUGCACAAGAGUGCUCGAAUUGCAUUCUGCUGAUGGCUUGCCACCAGUUCCAACAACGCUGGGUUGGGCUCGUGAUGGCCUACUUAUCGUCGGGAUGCAGAGUGAAAUGCGUGUGUACAAUCAGUGGAAUCUGCAGCGGCGUGGAAAUGAGCAAGUUAUGACACAUCGUGAGACGAAUCCACAAAUGCUCACGCUAGCGCUCUCUCAGUCACAUUCAAUGCUAGAUCAACUUCAAAAGAAGAAGGAAGUGACACCUUCCAAAAGUCGGCUUUUCUUAGAUCUAAUGAAUAAGACGUUCUCAAACAAGGAGUCAAAUUCUUCCAUGGUCUUAGAUGCGCUUUCCGGUGAGGGUCUGUUUGAAGCUGCUCGCUUGUCUUCUCCCAUCUUACCACAGUACCAUCCGAAACAACUGAUUGUUCUUCUCAAUGCUGGUAAAACGAAAAGAGUGAAAGCAAUUCUUCUUCAUGUUCUUGCAGCUUUGAAGCAACGUCAAGUUGUCAUGCACAAUCCUUUAUCUCGUGCUGCAUCUAUGAGGCGAAUGUCUACGGUAGACGGCAUUGAUGAAGGUGCUACAGAUGGAUCCACGGUUAGUCUUUCUAUUAGAUCGGAAUCUAUUUUUGUAUUACUAGAUUAUAAUGAGAUCGAUGAUAUUGCUCUGCUUCCCCUCCAUGCUUUAGUAACAGCAGAUACUGAUAGAAACAACGAAAGCGGCGAGAGAGCAGAGGCAUUUGGCGGGGAUGAUACUCCAAAGUACGACUCUCUGUUCUUGGCGGAUAAAUUGGAAGACAGCGACUUGGAUGAGAUGUUACGAGAAACUGACUCGACAGGUCGUUCACGUAAUGCCUCCACGUCUAGCGAUCAUGCGGAAAACGAUCUUGUUCCUGUGGUGUUCACUGCGCGUCAUAACAGAUUGCUGACAGAGUUGCUAACGCAUACACAUCUUCCUGGUCUUUCAAGUGUUGAUCAGAUGCACUUGCUUGCCAUCGCAGAUACACUAAGUCACUUUUCCACGGAUGUCAUGGACAAAUUAACACAAGUCAAUGCAGGUUAUGCAACAGCCGCCUCUGGUAUAGAGACGGUUGAUGAAUGUGGACUGCGCUAUUUGAUGGCUAUGAAACAACAUGAAUACCUGCUUGUGUGCUUGCCGAUGAAACAAAGGAUGGAACUGAAGAAAAUUGGGCUAGCAUCAUCAGAUAUUAUUUGGGCCCAACAUUCGGAGACAGAGACAGAAUUGUUGAACGCAGUCCCUGGUUUGCAAAAGUCCAAUCCGAGUUGGGACGAGUUGAGAAGUCUCGGCAUUGCCUGGUGGCUGAAGAAUACUGCUAGCCUUAGAAUUUGUGUCGAAAAGCUUGCAAAAGCAGCAUUUCAACAGAAUCAAGAUCCUAUGGACUCAUCACUGUAUUAUCUGGCUCUGAAGAAGAAAAAUGUGCUAACUCACUUGUUCAAGACAGUUCGUAACUCAACGAUGGCUGAAUUCUUCAUGCAGGAUUUUAAUACGGAACACUGGAAGAAGACCAUUUUGUGCAAGUGUCACGACUUACAAUUGGCUAUGGUUGUGCUGCGAUUGCACGAGUCGGACAUUGAUGCUCAGCAAAGCAUGCUCAAGGAAAUGCUUUGCCGCGAAGUUCUGGGUCAGUCCUCGGAAGAGUUUGAGCAGAUGCGCGGCAAUGUCGAUGAUGAUAGUGCCUUGAGUCCUGGUGCUAGCAGAGAUCCAUUCAUACGAUCCAUGACGUACUGGCUUCUGAAGGAUUACUCCAGAGCAGCGCAUACUCUGGUUCAGGAGGCCCAGCGUGAUCGGGCAAGUCUUCGCACAAGUCUUUCGGACAUAUUCAACUUCUACUCGUUAUACUUCCGAACUGCUGCUGAACAUAUGGCUCAUGGUUGCCCUAUGCUCGCCUUGGAUGUGCUGAGUCGCCUACCGAGGAACAUUAGUAUGGUCAAAGAUGGUUCCCUUAGAACGUUGCUAGCCGGAAAGACAUUACUCAGCAACGCUCAAGAUUCGGUUAAUGAUCUUGAUUGGAGCAAGCCUACGAAUGUUAUGGAUAAGGAUGAGCUGUCUUUGGAUUGGAGCGAUGACGUUGAAGAAUAUGACGAGUAUGGUGAGAAAAUUGCCAGCGAGAACAAAACCUCUAAUGGGAUUCCUGCUGGGGUACCCGCUAUUGUAACUGAACGCAGCCCUACAUCAGAGGAAAAUAGUGGGACGCCCGACGUCAUUGCCCAACAUUUGAAGUUUGUGGCAUCGCUGAGAAUUUUGACUGAGGAAUUGUCCACCUUAGCAAGCGGAUUUGAGGUUGACGGAGGACAGCUACGUUUUCAGUUGUUAAUCUGGUUGGAAAAAGAGGUGGAGGUUUUGAAAGACCUGUGCGAUUAUCGUUCCACUUCGGAUAAUUACAACGAUGAUACCGAUGAUGAACUCGAAGUAGACUCUGGUGGAGAAGGAAGCAGCGCUCUUCACGAAGCCAUCCGAAAUGACCGUGCUGACAUAAUGAUGAAGCUAAAGUUUGCAACAAGACGGCGGAAGUGGUUGAUUGCGAAUCAGAAGUUGCUUAGAUCUUUCACUUCCUUCUGCGCUCUGCAUUCUGCCCAAAAUCAUCGCCUUACUUCUGCUUUGAUGGAACUCCUUCUUCUCUUACUGGAAGUGCAAAAGGACACGGGUGUCUCACAUCUCAGCGAGCCAGUUUUGGAUGCGAAUUCUUUCCCUCUUUUGGUUGCAUCAGUAUCUUCGGCAAAAAUGUUUGUCUCUUCACCAAUGUCUUUCAUUGAGAAUCAAUGUUAUGAUCUUCUUUCGACCAUUGCGGAUCUCUCAAGUGUUCCCGAUGUUGACAAACAUGUCCAGAAGGCAUACAUGUUGUAUAACCUCAGUCAGGGUUUAUCUUCAUGCUUGUAUCAGUCGUUAUGCGAUCUGGACCAAUUCCCUGCAAUGGCUGGGUCUGAUGCCAAACUUGGUAUAAUUUUAGAUGCUAAAUACGAAACUUAUGUGUAUGAAGAGCAACUAAUCAACAUUUCAUUGUUUACGGGUCAUUUUAGUGCUCUUACUAGGAGAACACGCGCUUCAACUACUACCGACGACGUUAGGAUAACAACGCCGCCGUGUCGAUGGCCUGGUGUAGAUAAUUUGGUGGCUCUGCUCAGCCGUGAAAAGGAUGAUGAAGCCCCUCAUCUACGACAGCUACUGGCAGAAUGCUUUGUUGCCAUAACAAUGUCGCUGUUCUGUUUUUCGCUAGCCGUGUUUGGAGCUGAGACUCCCCCCUCUGGUACACCAAGUCUCCGUUCUUCCCCGAUACUUGAGCAAACUGUUACUAAAUGGGUGCCGCCUCAAAAGAAUAUUGUACAAUUUUUUGCAGAUAAGCCUCCUUUGAACACAAAGGACGACUUGGGUGCUGAGUUCAACUCAGACGAUGAAACGGAGGGAAGCACCACGAGUGAAAUGGAGGAUGACAGGUGCGAAAACGCUAAUCCUACAUCUUAUGCUUGGCAACUACUUCGACUCGCUCUCGUUGAACAACAAAUUCACAGGAUCCGACAAUUCUUGAUGCUAGCAGGGUUUGAUCCUAACGAUGUUCCUGCUCUAGCUCCUCGUGUCGAAGCCGUUCUGCGCCUUCUUGAUGGGUGGUCGAUACAGUUGCGACAUGGUCUUCAGACGUACCGCGGAGGUUGCCCUAUAGACUUGCUUCCAAAUAUGACGCUGGAUCCUAGUGAUCACCUUAAUGUUUCAUCCAAAAAGUACGCUGUUCUCAUGGAGAAGAAUAACACGCCAUUCGAGUCCGAGGAUCCUCGAGCUGGACCCCUUCAACGUCUGUGGUCUUACAUGGUUAACCAAGAUCAUCUCCAACAUUUGUUUAUUCGCCAUAUAUUCGCGUCACAAGGACAGCAGGAGCAACCGGCCGAACGUAAUGAUACACUAGCUGGAAUUGAGAAUCAACCCCUUCCAGACGCUUUUAAAAUCAUCCAAAAAGACAAUGAACCAAUUGUCGCCUUUGCUUGUAAUCAGGAGAAGCCUGGAUGGUUGGUAGUUUCUACUGGAAAGGAAUUACAAGAGAUGGAUAUAUCUGGCAUAUUUGAAGAAUCGAACAAUGCAUCCUCUUGGCUGUACAAUCGAACAGAGCUAGAUGUGAGCCUUUUGACAACUCGCCGCGAUCCGCUGAAGGAGAGCGAUGACUACCAAUUGCUCACAGAAGGUACACAACAAGCCCAAGGACCCAAAACUGCGAAUAUGAUGUUUAAACGAACGAUCAGUGGAAUCCGACGGAUAGAUUCUCAUCCAACAGCGCCAUUUUACGUGACUGGAUCAUCGGACGGUUCGAUCAGGGUGUGGGAAUGGAGCGUUGGACAACCCGUGUACACCGCUCGUGUAGCUGGCCAACAUGCCAAGGUUGCAAAGAUAUCCUUCUCGUGCAACGGCAACAAAUUUGCUGCUGUAGAUGGGGACGGAUUGAUGUGCCUUUGGCAAGCAAGCCAUUCAACUGAGCACAAAAAACCCUUCUUUAGUCAAAGAUGCCACAAUAAAUCAGCAUCUGACGUAAGGUUCGUUGGUCACAGCUCUUCCGUGCUUAUAACAGCAGGAGCUUCAUCCGGAGAGUUUAAUCUAGCCCUUUGGGAUACAUUGCUGCCCCAGAGUCGAGCUCUUGUUCAUUCUUGGGUGUCCCAUCCCGAAGGAGCAACAGUGGCCAUGUACAUGCCCAACCAGCAAACUAUCGUGUCCGGUGGUCGACACGGCGAAUUAUGCUUGUGGGAUAUACGACAACGUCAACUGCGUGGCACAAUAAAGGCGUUCGAGUCCCAUCAGAUUGUGAAGACUCUAGUUACUGACUAUACUCAGGAUUUAAUUGUUGCGGGGUCAAGUGAUGGUGAUAUAAAGAUAUGGUCUGCUGAUUUGAAUCCGCAAUUGAUGUACUCCCUCCCUGGCGAGCACGCAGCCAAAGGCGGAUUCUCUUUCAGACAAGUUGCGCAGUCGACCGUACAAGGUGUGCAACAACUGUAUAUUGACCAACAACUUCGACUUUUUUCUUGCGGUGCAGACGCAAGCUUAAAGUUUCGAACCCUCCCAUCAGUAUAUAACAUGACACAUCUUGUCUAG